AUGUCGGAACCGGUCAAGCUCAUUGGCAUUUUCAGCAGCCCGCUCGUCCACCGCGCCGAGGUGGCCCUGCGGCUCAAGCGGGUCCCCUACGAGUUCAUCGAGGAAGACCUCAGCAACAAGAGCGAGCUGCUACUGGAGCACAACCCGGUCCACAAGAAGGUGCCGGUGCUCCUCCACGGCGACCGGCGUCCGGCCAUCUGCGAGUCGCUCGUCAUCGUCCAGUACGUCGACGAGGCGUUCGUCCACGGACCCGCGCUCCUGCCGGCCGACCCGCACGCCAGGGCCACCGCCCGCUUCUGGGCACGCUUCAUCGACGAGAAGUGCUGGAGAUCGGCGUGGAUGGCGCUGUGGGCGGAGGACGGCGAGGCGCGGGAGGCGGCGGCGACGGAGGCGAAGGCGAACCUGACGCUCUUGGAGGCGCAGCUCGAGGGAAAAAGGUUCUUCGGCGCCGACCGCGUCGGGUUCCUCGACGUGGCCGCCGGCGGGAUCGCGCACUGGCUGGGCGUGUUCGAGGAGAUCGCCGGGGUGCGCUUGCUGGGCGACGACGAGCACCCAGCGCUGUGCCGGUGGGCGAGCGAGUACACGGCGGACGAGGCCGUGAGGCCGUGCCUGCCGGACAGGGAGGCGCUGCUUGCCGCGAUGGCCACGAAGAAGGAGAGGUACGUGUCCAUUGCCAGGGCAAUGACGCGGAAACGAAUGUAG